AUGGCAUACCACUCUCACCACAUACUUGACAUUGGGGACAUGUACGAGCGAUUGCUGGAACUUCACGUAUCCGGGAAGGAAGCCACCGUUCCGCUCUUUUCUACUGUGACCGGCGAGCGUGUGGCGUCCGAGUUUCAAUUUGGCCCGAAAUACUGGAGAGACAACCUCGAGUCUCCAGUCCCCUUCAACACCACCGUUCAAGGAAUUUUGGACGAACUUGCACCCGGGGCCAUCUUCUUGGAAAUUGAGCCACAUUCAGCUUUGCAAGGUCCCCUCCGUGAGAUCUUCCGGGCCAAGACGGACAAAAGACCCAACUACGUCCCAACCUUGGUGAGGGGAAGCGAUGCAGUGGAAUCAGCACUUCGGGUUGUGCGCCAGCUGCUCACACAUGGUUAUCCAAUCGACCUUUCCUACAUCAACCCGGAGACGCCUGUUCUGACAGACCUACCUAAAUACCCCUGA